CGGAACAACGAGCGCUGUUGUCGUCCAACUUUUUCAGAAUUUAUUCACUGCCAUCAUGUCAUGCAUGAUGCCAGAGGCCGUCAUGGCGUGGCUUGAGAGUACACAAAAGUGAGAGGGCACGCACGGAACGUUAAGAUAUCUUAGAGUGAUCAAAGUAUCCAUAAAAGUGUGAUUUUUAUAAGCAUAUUGAAUAGAAAGAGUCGUGAAAAUGGGUACCAAAGAAAAUUCAACAACGAAUGCUCCAAAGGUUGCCGCGCCUACUCAUCUUAAGCCCUACGGCAAAAUCCUACUGACGCUACAAAAUUGCCUCUUACCAGAUGAAAAGUUGAAUUCGACGCCGUCCAGUAUAGACGGCCUUGAUGCUGAAACGGAAACAGAUCUCAGAAUAUUAGGAUGCGAAUUGAUACAAACUGCUGGGAUCCUUCUUAGGUUACCUCAGGUCGCAAUGGCAACUGGCCAAGUAAUAUUUCAACGAUUUUAUUAUAGCAAAUCAUUAGUUAGGCAUAAUAUGGAAACAACGGCAAUGGCAUGUGUUUGCCUUGCUAGUAAAAUUGAAGAAGCACCCAGACACAUUCGUGAUGUCAUUAAUGUCUUCAACCAUAUAAAACAAGUUGGUAAUCAAAAAGCAAUAACGCCAGUGAUACUUGACCAGAAUUAUGUAGCUCUCAAGAAUCAAGUGAUCAAAUCCGAGAGACGGGUACUCAAGGAAUUGGGUUUCUGUGUACAUGUUAAGCAUCCCCAUAAGAUCAUCGUGAUGUAUCUUCAAGUGCUUGGAUAUGAAAAGAACAAAGCACUCAUGCAACAGUGUUGGAACUACAUGAACGACUCCCUACGCUCUGACGUGUUCAUAAGAUACGAGCCAGAGACCGUAGCGUGUGCCUGCGUCUACUUGGGAGCCCGGCAACUUCAAUUACCUCUACCAUCUUCGCCAUCAUGGUUUUCGUUAUUCAAAGUAACCGAGGCUUCCAUCAGGGAUAUCUGCAGGCGCAUCCUAAGGCUCUAUAGCAGAUCCAGGGUAAAACCUGAACAGCUAGAAAAACGAGUUGAGGAACUCAGGAAGCAGUAUGAGGAAGCGCGAAUAAAAGCGAGAUCUGGAGAAGUGGAUGGGCAUACACCGAGUCCUCCACUACCUAAGCAAUAUAACGCUUGGGGUGGAUUUAUCAGCAAAAGCGGCACGCAUGCCGUACCCGAAAGAGUCAAAUCUCCCAAACGAUCGAAAUCAACUUCAUUAUCACCAGCAAGGGUGGAUAUCUUGAAACAUUCCAAGAGGAAAAAGCGCAGCAGAAGUAGAUCACGUAGUCAUAGUAGAACGCGGAAACUAAAGAAAACACAGCGACGGCGAUCCGGAAGUCACAAGACAUCGAGGACUCGUUAUAGAUCGAGAAGCCGAUCGAGGGAACGAGAUCCCGAAAAAUCAAAUAAACAUCGUAGUAAGCAUCGGCGUCAUUAAAAAUCAAUCUUUUUGGGAUGUUUUAUAUAAUACUUACAUUGUAAUUAUAUUCACUGGAUACUUGUUCGUGUCGUUGAAAAUUUUGCAAAAAUACUUGUAAAUAUUGUAUUUUUUUGUUCUUUAUUCCGAAAAGAAAGAAAAAAAGUGAAAUGAAAAGAAAAAACCGAGACCACUAAUUCAUCACAUAUAAGCCUAUUGCGACAUAAUUAAUUUUUUAUAAGAACUCAGUUAACGGUCGUGUUAACAAUUUAAUCAUAGUAUAAAGUGUAAAAUAAGCGAGUAAGAUAGAGCCGAUUUUGUGUAUCACAAAAUUUUGAAAGAAAUACAAUAAAAAUAAUUCAUUAAUAAA